AUGUCUGAAAGUAAAUACGCAUUAGUUACUGGCGCUUGCCAAGGUAUCGGAUACCAGUUAUCUGUGGAAUUAUCAAAAGCAGGAUACAGAGUAAUUGGAUGUUCUCCUGCAAAAGUUAUCCAUCUUCAAAAGCCAUUGGAAGACAAAUACGACUUGAUUUCCAUCCCUCUUGAUAUUACCAAGGUUGAAGAAAUCAAAGCUGCAGCUUUAAAAGUCAAUGACAUAACUGGUGGAAAAUUGCACGUGCUUUACAACAACGCAGGCAUAUCCGUUAUUGGUCCUGCCAUUGAGACUCUGGAAGAAGAUUUGUUCAACGUGUUUAACGUCAAUGUCCUUGGUCACAUCAAUAUGACCAAGUAUUUUGCUCCUCAAGUAAUCAAUGCAAAGGGGACAAUUCUCUUCACUAGCUCGAUUGCAGGAAGAGCCCCACUUUCGUGGGUAAGUGCUUACAACGCAUCCAAGGCUGCAAUUGAUCAAUACGCUUUGACAUUACAUGGAGAAAUGAAACCAUUUGGAGUGAGAGUCCACAGUGUCAUUACCGGAGGGGUCAAUACCGCUAUUUGUGACCCAAACUUGUCUGCUAAAUUAGUUGAUUCGUAUUACAAUGUACCAGGGGUCCAGGACAGUUUGAAGGCAUCCGCUACCAUGUCCCGUGACGUAAAUAUCUCACCCGAGAAAUACGCCAAAGAGAUAGUUGCUGACAUUCAAAGGAAAUGUGAUCCCGGUUUCAAUCUUUACCAUGGAGCAAGAUCCUAUCUUAUGCAUUGGGCUAGUAGAUUCUUACCCUUGUGGUUUUUUGAAAUUGCCGUGCAAAUCCACUUUAAACAAUUCCAAGUGUUUAGAACUAUUGCCAAAAAUGUCAAGCAAGGAAUCUACUCAAAAAAGAAUGAAUAG